AUGAAUGAUACGGAUCUAUUUUGCAAAAAUGGUCAAACAAAUAACUUGACCGACCAGUCAUGUCUGAACGAAACCGCUACUCCCUUCAGCCACAUGGACAUAACAACUUUCAUGCACAUAUUCCCGUCAAUUUACGGCAUCCUCUGCUCAGUUGGAGUUAUAGCCAACGGGCUGGUCAUCUAUGCGGUGGCCACAUGCAAGAUGAAAAUGGUGUCAGACAUCUACGUGUUGAACUUGGCGAUUGCCGACAUGCUUUUCUUGCUGGUGAUGCCUUUUAACAUUCACCAGCUGGUGCGAGACAGACAGUGGGUCUUCGGAAACUUUAUGUGUAAGGCGGUUGUUGUGGUGGAUGUCAGCAACCAGUUCACCACAGUGGGGGUUGUUACUGUCUUAUGCAUUGACAGGUACAUCGCGAUCGUCCACCCCACCUCAGAGAGGAGGACUAUCCAGUGGACCAUCAUCAUCAAUCUGCUUGUGUGGCUGGGCAGCUUCCUCCUCACCGUGCCUGUCAUGAUGUAUGCCAAGGUUGUGCGCAAACACCAGCUCGAGAUAUGCAUGAUGUAUCUGGACGGGCCCGAGGACAUGUACUGGUACACCCUCUACCAGUCCAUCCUGGGCUUCAUCAUCCCCCUCAUCAUCAUCAGCACCUUUUACUCCCUCACCCUCUACCAUGUUUUCCGCUCCAUCCGUCGGGUCAAACGCAAGCAGUCCGUCUGGGCUAAGAGGGCCACCAAGACAGUCCUGAUGGUUAUUGCCCUCUUCCUCAUCUGCUGGUCCCCCUACCAUGUAAUUCAAGUGAUCAAUCUGAGUAAUAACAGCCCAACAACUGCCUUUAUCUACGCUUACAACAUCAGCAUCUGCCUCAGCUACUCCCACAGCUGCAUCAACCCCCUCAUGUUGCUCGUCUUCGCCCAGAAUUACCGCGACCGUCUGUGUCGCAGAAAUGUGUCGCACAGCUCCCAUCUGUCAUCCAAGACCACGGUGGUCAAAGCCGACGGUUCUAGCAUUGCUACCGACCCCAACUAUCGCUGUACUGUCAUCUGA